CAAUUUGACUCAUUUCCACUACUUAACUGACAGUGAGUGCGUGCCCACCACGCGACUCUCUCUCUCUCUCUCUCUCGCCCGACAAAUUCAAAAGCUUCAAUUUUCAAAAAUAGUUGAGCUUCAAAUUUUUCCCGCUUGAAGGGAUCUCUCGCUUUUCAUGGAGCCAGAAUCAGCUUCGGCUUGGAACGCUGAAGACGACGAGUGGGAACUCUUCAAUGACGACGGCUUCAUCUACAAGCGGAAGAAACGGCGGCGACUCGCCAACGACCCGGCCGCCGUCGUCGACGUAUCGAAGAAGCGGGAUCCGGUGGUGGAUCCCGAAGUGGAGGAGAAGCAACGGAAGGAACGGAAGAGAAAGGCCUUGUUGAAGCUGAAGAAGAAGUACCAAAGAGAGAUUGAUCAGUGGGAACUUUUGUCGAACACGUUGAGUGAAAUGCAAGAGAAGUUGACACUUCGGUGUAGGGAGCAGAGAGAAGAGGGAGAGCGACGAGGAGUUGGUGAGGAAACGACGUCGGUUUUGGGACCUUCUGGGGUUGUGCAGAGGACGGACGAUGCUUCUGGGUCCCUGCUCGACGAGCUCCUUCUGCAGGCAGAAGCACAAGAAGCAAUUAUUCGUGACGUUUCGAAUCUCUGUGAUGUAUCAGAAGCAAUGUGUGGUACAUUAGAGGAGCAAUUAAAGCAAUCCUAUUUCGACCUUCCUAUUUGGGAAUCGCCAGAGGAGCUCUUGGCAUCGCUUUGUGACUAAAAAGUUGUAGCAUAAUUACUUUGGCAGCAGUAGAAGUAGAAAACUGAAGCUGGGAUCUUUCCUAUAACACAGUUAGCCUUCCCAUUGAUGCUAAUACUGUAAAAUAUUGCCGUGUAGAGUUCUUCAUUCUAAUCGUAGAUUAAAUAAUCAUGUUUUUUCUUCUUUUUAUUUUUUUAUUGUCAGUUAUUGUUUAUAGAUUCCUCUUUUCUUUCCUGACAUAUUAAAACAGAUUUAACAGUUGUAUGAAAAAUGUUUGAGGUUGUCCCUCUUGUCAAUUGCACAGUUAUU